UAUGAGGAUCAUAUCAGUCAGUCAUGGGUCAUCCUGGGAUUCAGAUGUGGACAUGGACACUCUGUGUCCUCUUGAGCUGCAUGUGUGUUUCUCAAGUCCUGGCAGGACCGCUUUACUUGGUAGCCAUCCCUGCAGUUCUUGAGGCUGGAGCUGAAACCAAAUUUUGUGCGAGUCUCCUGAAGCCCAACGAGACUCUGGAUAUGACCAUCACUCUUAUUUCUGCUGAAAUGAACACAACCCUUCUGAGUAAAUCUUCCAGUCAGGAGUUUCAUGACUGCGUUGAUUUCAAGGUUCCCCUGGUGCAGAAUCAAGAGGUGUACAACUUUGAGGUGGAGUUGAAAGGCGAAACAUUUUACUCAAAAGAAGUGAGGAAAGUCAAGGCCACUGUCUACCAACCAAUGACGUUUGUCCAAACAGAUAAACCCAUCUACCUCCCUGGACAAACAAUGCAUUUCAGAGUCGUCACACUGGACAGCAGGAUGAGACCCACCAAUCGGCUGUACAAUAUAAUUGAAGUUGAGGAUUCUCAUGAUAACCGAGUUGCACAGUGGCUCAACAAAACAGCCGAUAGCGGCAUACUGCAACUUUCUUACUCCUUGAACUCUGAGGCCCAGGAAGGAACCUACCAGGUUAUUGUGACCGUUGGCCAGGAUAAAAAAUAUCACAGUUUCAAGGUGGAGAAAUAUGUUUUGCCUAAAUUUGAUGUAAAGAUAACGGCAGGUGAUGUUGUCAGUAUUGAGCAGGAAGAAAUAAAAGCUGAAAUAUGUGCAAAGUAUACAUAUGGACAACCUGUGCCAGGCAGUGUCAAAGUUAAGGUCUGCCGACCUCUUAGUCGCUAUUUUGCUAUAGCUACUCCUGAUAAUCCAGAGGGACUUCCUGACAUAACACCCCCAUGCUACGAGGAGACAAAGGAGACGGGAAAGAAAGGUUGUGCCACUUUUACAUUCAAGAUGACAACUUUCACAAAACUCGACCAAAAGGUGCUACAAGAUAACUUGGAUCUGAUUGUUGAAGUGGAAGAGGAAGGGACAGGUAUUUCCCUCCAACAAAUGAAGAGACUACAGAUUUCAUAUGUUAUUGGAAAGCUGGUGUUCAUCGACACACCCAAUAUUUAUGACAAAGGAUCAAAUGUGGAAGGAAAAGUUAAAGCGGUUCACUUCAAUGAUACACCCAUAGCUGACAUGCAGGUCUACCUGCUUGAAGGUGAGAGGUGGUCCUCACGUCUUCUGCAGAAUCUCACCACUGACAGCGAUGGUGUGGCCACUUUCUCAUUCUCCACAGCUGAACUCAAUGGAGCGAUCAACCUGCACGUUAGUAAUAAACCAACACUGGGCUACUCUGUUGAUAGAACUCAAUACUACGAGACUGGCCGACACACAGUGUCUAUGAGCCAACCUCCCUCUGCUGACACCCAAACAGUCAGCUCCCUGGAGGUGGUGAAGAAGACAAAUCCACUGUCUUGUGACACAAAAGAAGAGAUCUCCAUCAAAUACACUGUUGUUGGAGAGAAAGGGGGCUCCGUAAUGGUGAUCUACCUGGUCUUAUCCAGAGGAGCCAUUAUCAUGCAAGGAUUUAAACAGAUUGAAGUUCAAGACCUUCCAGUGACUGAGGGUGGAAUAUCCUUUGAGUUGAAUGUGCAUCCAAAAAUGUCACCAGAAGUCCAGGUCUUGGUCUACGCCGUCCUCCCCAGUGAGACUGUGAUCGCCAACAGUGCUGACUUCUCCGUAGAGAAGUGCUUCAGUCACAAGGUGUCGCUGGAGUUUCUUCCAUCAUCAGCAGUCCCAGGAGAGGAGACCACCAUGCAGCUGAAAGCCCAACCAGACUCCCUGUGUGGAGUGAGUGCAGUCGACCAGAGCGUCCUCAUCAUGAGGCCUGGGGAGGGUCUGACUGCAGACAAGAUUUUUAACUUGUUGCCUGUCACCAAAAGGUCUUAUGUUCCAUAUGAUGUACGUGAUGCAGUAGAAUGCUUGCGGGUUAGACCAAGAAGAUACAUUCAUCCACAUUCUAAUGAGAGACCUGAUGCAUUUAAAGUUUUCGAGAACGUUGGACUGAAGAUGGCUACAAACUUGUUUAUCCGAAUGCCUCCAUGCCUCAACUUCAGAGGAAGAGAAUACCAUCAAUACCACGUACAACGUAUGCUAUAUCACAGUGUUCCUUAUUCAGCCCUGGAAAUGGACGGGCCUGGUCAUGGUGCCCCAGACUCUCCUCUUCCAGCUAUAGAGACAGUCCGUACUUUCUUCCCAGAGACUUGGAUAUGGGACCUGGUGGAAGUUGGAACAUCUGGAACGAAGGAUGUGUCCCUCCUUGUCCCUGAUACCAUCACCACCUGGGAGACGGAGGCUUUCUGUUUGUCCCCUCAGGGUUUUGGCUUGGCUCCUCGUAAAGAAAUGACCGUCUUCCAGCCAUUCUUCCUCGAGCUCACGAUGCCCUACUCCAUCAUCCGGGGGGAGCACUUUGAACUGAAGGCAACCAUCUUCAACUACCUUUCCAGCUGCAUCAUGGUCUCUGUGACGCCAGCACACUCCUUAGAUUACACCCUCACCCCCCUCUCUGGUGAUAAGUACACAUCCUGUUUGUGUGGCAAUGAGCGCAUGACCCUCAGCUGGAACAUGUCCCCUACAGCUUUAGGGGUUGUGAAUGUGUCAGUGACUGCUGAGGCUGUUGCAUCUCACGCUUCCUGUGACAAUGAGAUUGUGAGCGUUCCAGUAAGAGGCCGUAUCGAUGUGGUCACUCGACCACUCAUAGUAAAGGCUGAGGGAACUGAAAUGACAAAUACCCACAACCUGCUGCUCUGUCCAAAAGGAGAGGCUUUGACAGAGGAAGUAGAGUUACAGCUCCCUGAGAAUGUGAUUGAUGGAUCAGCUCGUGCCUCCCUAUCAGUUCUGGGCGACAUCCUGGGUCGAGCCCUGAAAAACCUGGAUGGGCUGCUUAGGAUGCCGUAUGGAUGUGGUGAGCAGAACAUGGCGCUUCUGGCCCCAAACAUCUACAUCCUCCAGUACCUGAAAAACACACAGCAGCUGACACCGGCCAUCAUGGAGAAGUCUACCAACUUCCUGUCAAGCGGUUACCAGAGACAGCUGAACUACAAACAUAUUGAUGGAGCUUACAGCACAUUUGGAUCAGGAACAGGGAACACUUGGCUGACUGCUUUCGUGUUGAGAGCUUUUGCCAAAGCAAAAUCUUUCAUCUACAUUGACCCAAGGAAUAUUGAAUCAUCUAAAACUUGGCUGGAGGAAAAACAACGUAAAAGUGGUUGUUUCGAACAGUCAGGAAAACUUUUUAACAACAGGAUGAAGGGUGGUGUGUCUGAUGAAGUGACGCUUACUGCUUACAUUACUGCAGGUUUCUUGGAAAUGAAUUCGUCCACUGAUGAUGCUGUGGUGAAGAAGAGCUUGUCCUGCCUUAAGGAGUCCGCCAAUUACCUCAGCAACACCUACACCACAGCUCUGUUGGCGUACGUCUUUACCCUGGCAGGAGACAUGGAGACCCGUGCUCACCUCCUGACGCACCUUGACACAGUUGGACACAAACAAGGGGGUUUCCUCCAUUGGUCUCAGACAGCAACGGAAACAUCGGCCUCUCUGUCUGUGGAGAUCAGCUCCUAUGUGAUGCUGGCCAAACUCAGUGCCUCGCCCAGUGCUGAAGACCUGGGCUACACCUCUCGCAUUGUCAGAUGGCUGACGGGUCAGCAGAACUAUUAUGGAGGCUUCUCGUCCACACAGGACACAGUGGUGGCUCUUCAGGCUCUGGCUCUUUACUCCACUCUGGUAUUCAGUCCAGAUGGUUCAAGCACAGUGAUGGUCCAGUCCCCCAGUGGUCAACUGUCAUUUGAUGUGAACAGGGACAACAAACUGCUGUACCAGGAGAAGAGGCUACAGGACGUGAUAGGAAAGUACAGCGUGAAGGUGAAGGGCAGCGCGUGUGCUUCAAUACAGAUUAGUCUUAACUACAACAUCCCAACUCCGGCUGAAGUCACAUCCUUCAGUGCUGAGGUCAAGCCAGAGGUUGACUGCGCCAAAAACAAACUCAGUCUGUCGCUAAGUUGCCUAUAUCAUGGAAAAGAGGAAAAUACAAACAUGGUGAUCCUGGACAUCAAAAUGCUCUCUGGCUUUGUUCCAGAUCCACAGUCUUUGAAGGAGCUCAAAGGAGGUGUGCUGGUGGAUCGUGUUGAAGAAAAGGAGGAUCAUGUUAUGGUGUACAUCCAGGAGCUACCAAAGGAUAUACCCAUCAACUACACGUUACGUCUCAUCCAGGAGCUGCCAGUGCAGAACCUGAAGCCAGCCGUGGUCAAGAUGUAUGACUACUACCAGCCAAGUGACCAGGUUGAGACGGAAUACAUCUACACUUGUGCUGCAGCUUGAAGAGAGGAGAGUUUUCAGUCCCUGGGUUGUCCCACAAACGAGCAGUUUAACACAAAUGCUUAACACAUUCCUGUCUAUAUACUCUAUGUGUUUGAGCUGAAACUAAUGGAGAAUAAAAUAAUGUAAUAAAAAGCAAUGCCAUGGUCUAUGAAAACUGAUUUUAAAAUAUCUUAAUCACGCCAGGAGAGGAAAACUCUAAGUUUAGGAUGUCACAAUAUGAUAAAUUCAUUGUUGCCUCUGUGUUUAUGUUUGUUGAAUGAAAAGUUAUACGUAAUAAAUACAUUCAUGCAAUAUUUACCAUUACUAUUACAUAACGGAAGAGGAUGAAUAGCAAAUACAUUUAUUUGACGUGUAGUAUUGAAAGUCACAAAACUUGAAUGAAUGAGUUCUAACGUAGUGCUGUGUUGAGGAGGAAACGUAAUGACUUUAGUGAUCUCUGACUUUGCCUCCAGUGCAGUUUAAGUAUUUUCUUUGUAAUUGAAAUGUCUGAGUGCUUAUCGGAUGGAUGGAUGUGACAUUUACAGCACCCCCCCUAGGAUUUGAAAUAACACUGAUGAUUCCCUGUUUUUUUGUCCUGUACCAUUAUUAGGUCAGAAUAAAUAAAUGACCAAAUACCUGCUGAAUGUGACAUUCCCAAUAGCCUCAGCUGUGUUAUGAGACUUAAUUAUUGAUUAAGUCUCAUAAAAAGUAUUUAGAACUCUAACCAUAACCCUACCCGCAAUGUAGCAAAUGUGUAAUAACCAUAUUUCAUCCACAGUUUUGCCUAAAUUUGAUGUAAAAGUAACGGCAGGUGAUGUCGUCAGUAUUGAGCAGGAAGAAAUAAAAGCUGAAAUAUGUGCAAAUUAA